AUGAAUCCUGCCCUGCCCUGGAUCCUUCCUCUUGGAUGUGCACUGCUCAUGGCACAGGCAGCCGAAUGCUUUAUCUUGCCCAACUCGAGCCACCUGGAGAGCAUUUUGAGUAAAUACCAGGAUGGGGAAACUCACUCCAGAUCCAAGAGAGCCAUUUUAUUCUCGGACAGACAGGAGAUACUGAUGCUCCACAAUAAAUUAAGAGGUCAAGUGUACCCAGCGGCCUCUAAUAUGGAAUAUAUGACCUGGGAUGAUGAGCUGGAAAGAUCAGCCCACGCCUGGGCUCAGCAGUGCAUCUGGGACCAUGGGCCUAGUGCCCUCAUCAGGUCAAUUGGACAGAACUUGGCGGUUCACUGGGGCAGGUAUCGGUCUCCAGCUUUCCACGUCCAGUCUUGGUAUGAUGAAGUUAAGGAUUACACGUACCCAUAUCCUCACGAGUGCAACCCGUGGUGCCCAGAGAAAUGCACAGGCUCCAUGUGCACCCAUUACACCCAGAUAGUCUGGGCCACGACGAACAAGAUCGGCUGCGCCGUCAACGUCUGCAAGCAGAUGAACGUCUGGGGAGAAAUCUGGGAGAAUGCAGUCUACCUGGUCUGCAACUACUCGCCGAAGGGCAACUGGAUCGGUGAAGCCCCAUACAAAACCGGCCGUCCCUGCUCCGAGUGCCCGCCAAGCUAUGGAGGAGGCUGCCAGAACAACCUGUGCUACAAAGAUUACCAUUAUCAAGAUCCCAUAAUCGCUGAGACCGAUGAGACGAACGAAGUGGAGAUUUCACAGGUUGUGGAGCAAAAUCCAGUGCGGUUCUACCCCCCGGAAAACAAGCCCAGCAAACCCAUCAAGCCCAGGAAAAUCAACUCGGACUCCUACAUGACACAAGUCAUUACCUGCGACACCAAGAUGAGAGACAAAUGCAGAGGCUCAACGUGCAACAGGUAUUUGUGCCCAGCUGGCUGCUUGUACAGUAAGGCAAAGAUCUUUGGAACAUUUUAUUACGAGAGUUCAUCGAGCAUCUGCCGUGCUGCAAUUCAUUACGGCAUCCUGGACAACAAGGGAGGACUGGUGGAUAUCACGAGGAAAGGGAGGAUGCCGGCUUUUGUGAAGUCCACCAGGAAUGGCGUGGAGUCUUUUAGGAAAAGCAAGCCUUCAAAUGCAUUCAUGGUUUCCAAAGUCACAACACAGACGCUGGAUUGCUAUACUACAGUAGCUGAGCUGUGCCAGUUCAAGAAGCCGGCGACCCAUUGCCCGAGGAUUUAUUGUCCAGCCCACUGUAAAGACGAGCCAUCGUACUGGGCACCGGUGUUUGGCACCAACGUUUAUGCAGAUAGCUCCAGUAUCUGCAAAACUGCGGUGCACGCAGGAGUCAUUCCAGAUGAAAGCGGUGGUUUUGUGGAUGUGAUGCCUGUUGAAAAGAAGAAAAGUUACGUUGGCUCCUUAAAGAACGGAGUCCAGUCCGAGAGCUUGAAGAAUCCUUCGGAUGGAAACGCUUUCCGAAUUUUUGCCGUGAAGCAGUAAAUUCCUAGGGAGGGGUGCAAGUUUCUUUGGGAGAGUGCUCUGUUGAUCUCCAGAGACAGGAAGGCUCCUCUGAUGGCACCAGCUCUGACCGUACCCUCCUUGCCGAUCUCUUUCAGGGAAUUUCUAUUAAAAAAAAAAAAAAAAAAGGAAAAGGA